AUGGCUAAAAAUUUGGAAACAUGGAAUGAAGUAUUAUGUUGGGUUUAUUACUAUAGUGGAAAAUGUCUAUUACCUCAAUUAUCAGUAUCCUGUGAAGCAGCCGUCACAACUACAACAACAACUCAUACAACUGAUACAGCCAAUCGAUGCAGACAUAGUUCAUCUGUCCCAGACUUAAGAGUAGCUGCUACACAGAAUACUUUAAAUAAUACUACAGUAAAUACAUCUAUGUUAUCUCAAAUAUUGCAAUUAUCACCUUCACCACCUACUCUAUGUAUUAGAGAUUGUUCACCUUCUCUUAUAAAAACAAGUGGAUUUCAAUACGUAUUGGGUGCUGCUACAUCUCUUGCUACAAAAAUAGAUGAAGAAACUAUGACAUAUUUGAAUGAAGGUCAAUCUUAUGAAAUAAAAUUAAAGAAAUUAGGAGACCUUACAGAGAUGAGGGGUAAAAUGUUAAAAAGUGUUGUUAAAGUGGGAUUUCAAGACAGAAAAUUGCAAUAUAUGGAAAAAGAUUUAAUUUCUCAAUGGCAGAGUCAAAGAGCAGGAGAAAGAAUUAUGGAUAUUGGUAAGAAAAUUUAUGCCAAUAAUAGGUGUUACAAUCUCUCGUAAAGUAUGAUAUUAUUCUUAUACUUUAUUAUAUUAUUAUUAUGAUUUGUAACAAUAAUAUCAAAUAAUAAAACCUUAUAUAUGAUAAAAAGAGAAGA